AUGCCAUCGACCUAUAAGAAGGACAAACCGUGGGAUACGGACGAUAUCGACAAGUGGAAGAUCGAUGUUUUCAAGGCCGAGGACAACGUUGGGGGGUCAUUUGUUGAGGAGUCGUCGUUCGCUACUCUCUUCCCCAAAUACCGCGAAGUCUACCUGAAGGAGGCCUGGCCUCUAGUAACAAAGGCAUUGGAGAAGCAUGGCAUCGCAUGCACCCUCGAUCUCGUAGAGGGUUCCAUGACCGUCAAGACUACCCGAAAAACAUAUGACCCUGCUGCUAUUCUUAAUGCCCGCGACCUGAUCAAACUGCUUGCGCGCAGUGUCCCGGCCCCGCAAGCCCUGAAAAUCCUCGAGGAUGGUGUUGCCUGCGAUGUCAUCAAGAUCCGCAACCUUGUCAACAACAAGGACCGCUUCGUCAAGCGACGUCAAAGAAUUCUGGGCCCUAAUGGGUCUACUCUCAAGGCUCUUGAGCUUCUCACCCAGACCUACAUCCUCGUCCACGGCAACACAGUAUCGGCAAUGGGCCCGUACAAGGGCCUCAAGGAAGUGCGCAGGGUAGUGGAGGACUGCAUGGCCAACAUCCACCCGAUCUAUUACAUCAAGGAGCUUAUGAUUAAGAGGGAGCUUGCAAAGGACCCUGAGCUCGCCAACGAGAGCUGGGACCGUUUCUUGCCCAACUUCAAGAAGAAGUCACUGAGCCACAGACGUGUGCCUCACAAGGUUACCGACAAGGCCAAGAAGACAUACACGCCGUUCCCACCUGCUCCUGAGAAGAGCAAGGUUGACAUGCAGAUCGAGUCUGGCGAGUAUUUCUUGAGCAAGGGUGCCAAGGAAAGAGCAGUUCAGGAAGACCGCAAAGAGAAGCAGAAGGAGAAGAAGAAGGACAGGGCAAAGGAGCGAGAGGCUGAAUUUGUUCCACCAGAGGAAGGUGACCGUCCCAAGAAGAAGCGGAAGAAGUCUUCCGAAUAA